GUGGCAGAAUCUAAGAGCCCAUAGAGGGGACCCACCUUGGCCUUUCCCUCUUCCUCCUCCCAUCCCCCUCCCCUCUCUUUCUGUGUGUGCCAUGAAACGAGAGGUGAGAAGAACCAUUUUGUUUCUCCGACAGAGCUAAGCACAAGUACGUUGCAUGAAUAAUCAUUUUUACUCGUCAUUCUGUCAAAACCAGGCGUCCCAUGGCUUUCAGCACGUCUCCUCUAGCCUUGUCUUUCCUCCUCGGAAGCCUGAAAGGAGGCAAGAAGUUGGAGGAAGCCCAGAUAAGAAGCAGAAGCAACAGCAGUGGUAGACGAAUCAGCUUUCGUAGUUUUGCAUCGGAAACCCCCUCUGGCCAGAGCAGAAGGGCCCCAGCAGGAGUUGAUACCAGAAUUCACUGGGACAAUCCGGAUGAGGGUUGGAUUGGAGGGCCUAGUAAUUCACAACAGCCAACAAUUGAGGACGAACAACAGAAUCUCUUAUUAGGGGAAAAUUACUCUGAUUUGUUGAAUGAUUACUCUGAUUCUCAUUACCAGUUCUUAGGAGUAUCUGCCGACGCUGACUUAGAAGAGAUCAAAGCGGCUUAUCGGAGGCUAUCAAAGGAGUACCAUCCUGAUACAACUUCACUACCAUUAAAAAAGGCAUCCACUAAGUUUAUGAAACUAAGAGAGGUAUAUGAUACAUUGAGUGGUGAAGAGAGCCGAAAGUUCUACGAUUGGACAUUGGCGAAGGAGGCUGCCAGUCGAAAAGCUGAGAAGAUGAAGAUGAAAUUAGAGGAUCCUCGUGAGCAAGAAGUGCGAAAUUGGGAGUCUGUACCAGAUAUGGUUGAUCGUCUAGGUGGGAAAAACAUGGAAUUGAGUGAUCAAGCUAUGACAGCUCUCACCAUUGAUAUUUUUAUCAUUAUCUUUUCAAUUUUAUGCAUCAUUGUCUAUGCUCUCUUCUUUCAGUCAUCAUAGUAGGUUCGAUUAUGUUACCAAAAAGAAGAGUCAAGAUGGAGAUACAAUGUAUACUUUCAACGGUGGCUAUGUACAUUUUUUUACGUAUAGUGGCUUGGAGAAUA